UGUUGGAAGGAGCUCGUGCAUCACAUCAGUCCUGUCCUUUACUCAUUCGUCCUUCUCCAAGGCAGGCACGGAAAGCUGCGUUCAUGCCAAAAUGGGAUGUGGAAAUUCCUCCGCCACCAGCACGACAGCAGGAGGUCCAGCAGAAGCUGCCAAGGAUGUGACAGAAGAACCAUCACCAGAUGAUGAGAAGCGAAGGAACUAUGGAGGAGUGUAUGUGGGUCUUCCUGCUGAUCUGACCACAGUAGCUGCUAGCCAAUCAAAGUCCACACGUAAAGACUGAAAGCAGAUCACAUGAACCGACAACGAACCCGAGCUCUGCAGUGGCUGAUUUUACAACGGAUAUUGAGACGAUAUAUUCGAGGAUCAAGCUGUUUUCGGAACUGAUUCCAGAACCGGUCGGCACUUCGGAAUGACAUCACUGUGACAUCAUACCGGCUGGCGUACAGAAGGGUUCUAUUUGGAACACUGAGCGUUGUUGUGACUACGA